AUGCGUAGCUUGAUUCUGUUAAUACUACCUCUAUUCGUAGCUGCAUACGAUAAUGGGGCUUAUUGGGGAAGAUGUCUAAAACGGCCGCUGAGAAUUGGUGACAGCUUCAGGGCUCGUGGUCAUCUUGAACCUGGAGUUCUUACGUGGGUGUGCAGCUUGGAACAAUCCCUCCACAACAACAUCUUUGCCCGGGCGGCGCAGCGGAAUUGGUAUGACCUGAAGCAGAAACCGUACAUCGUCUACGUUCAACGGACUAAAAUGGGGGCGUUUGGCGGUGAGCAUCGAUAUAACUUUAUGCCAUUCCCGGGCGGAGGUCCAUUCGAAAUAACGAUGACCAUCGUUGGGCCACGUACAAUCCGCGUCGACUACGGUAAGGGAUCCACGUUUGCCGGCGCCACCUGGACGCAGAAGGGAGUUGUCGUCGGGAUGGACGUAGCAAAAAGUUUUGAUUGUAUCGGCCAGAUUACAAACGUUACGCUCACUGGAGAUGCGUUGGUUGGAAGGAUGAUGAAAGAUUCGAGCGAUGUCUGCCCACCUUAUUCAUAUUGGGAGACGCAUCCGGAUCCGAAGCCGGAUCCGCACGAACAUUCACAUUCGCAUGACUGGUCUGGCAGCAGUUCCGCGGAAUGGCCUGAUACCCACGGUGACGGUGGACAUCACAAUCGUGGAAAUGGCAAUAAUGGAGGCAACGGAAAGGGCGGAAAUGGAAAUAAUGGCAACAACGGAAAUGGCGGCAAGAAGAACCCCUGGGAUGACUUGCAAAUCGUGGUCAACAUCAACCAAACCGUCAUUCAGGGAGCCGAACAAGCCGCUGUACCCGUCCCGCUACCCCCAAUCCCUGGACCUCCAGAGCCUGCAUAC